UGAUUGUCACCAGGCGCUCAGCUUCACACUGGAGAACUUGAUCUUGACCAGCAGCGUUUGGAUUCAUUGAGGGGAAACUUUAAGUCAUCUGAGCAGUGACUAACAAGAGGGGUUCAUCUACAUUAUCCCCGGCCCACAUUUAAACCUCAUCUCAACCCCCCCCCCCCCCCCCGUGGGACUAACCCGUAGCCCGGUCCCGGUCCGUGUGGUCGUGUCCUGCGUCCCGCAGAGUUAACGCCGGCCCGGAGAUGCCGUCCCUUCUCCCGCUCGCUGUGUAUUGCAUCAGCCUGGUUUCCCUCCAGCAGCCGUUCGCUGUGGCGGCAAAGGACGCUCCCGACAACAGGCUGGACCUCCUCAACAAGCUCAUCAACCAGAGAGAGGAUAAGGCCUCGGUGUCAGGAAGCCAGGCUCACAUUGCCAUGCCCUCUUUGGCACCCAGACAUCCCCCAAAAUGGCUCGCCGGUUUUCUGAGACAACAACCAGCUUCAGGAGUGAGAGCAGCCUCACCAAUGCUAGCGUGGGCGCGUCCGGUUGGGACUUCACAAAUCGAGCUGAGGGGGCCAAGAGUUCGUCGCCAUGCCCAUUCUGGAUCGCGUAAGGGUCACCACUAUCCCCAGCAUGCCCAGCUGAUGAGAGUGGGUUGCGUCCUUGGAACCUGCCAAGUGCAGAACCUCAGCCACCGGCUUUAUCAGCUCGUUGGCCAGAACGGCAGAGAGGACUCAUCCCCCAUCAACCCUAGGAGCCCCCAUAGUUAUGGAUGACACUGUUGAUACCCCAAUAUAGCCACAGCAAGUCUAUCUAUGUCUCUAUUUAUUUAUCUCUUAAUAUAUUUUUGGUAUUUGUUUUAUUGGUUAGAUUUAGUCCAUAACCUUUAUUUAUCCCAUAAAAGUCUGUUGUGCUCAAACUUCUUUCUGCUGAUUGAUGCUAAUUCAACGGAAUCACUGAAACCCCCUUUAUGAGUUAGCCAACCACCCUGAGAACCUCUGCCUUUUUAAGAACAUUCAAAUCUCGUUAAAGUAUUUUUGGUUCUCACUUCUGAACACUGAAAAUAAGGCCUCACUUUGACGUCUUAAUCCUAUUAAUAUUAGAAUGAAGCCUUGUCCUUAACACCGUUCAGUAACCUGGUCCUGUCCGCCAACUGACCUUUCUGGCAGUUCUUAUUCCGCUGCUUAUUGAUCAAACUUUUAAGCCUCUAAUCUAGAUUUCAACCUGCACUCAAAACCAUUGCCUUGCCAGAGACCUCUCGAAUGACCCAAAGAACCCUUUUACCUUUCCAGUUUUUUGCCCGCUCUUUUCAUUAACAUUGGAAUUCCCAGGUCAUUUCCCAAUGGCAUAUUUAGUACAAAUAAGACAAUGCUGACAACCCUAGAAUAUUGAGUUGAACGUGCCACUUUACAGGAGCAGGGUUGUUUUUUUUCAGGACCACAGUUUACAGUCCAAACAAGCUCUGCUCUUGGGUAACACCCCAGUGGAAGAGCAUUCAAUGUCCCAAAGGAUCAGUUUUAGUGUUGCAUUUUAGGAGCCAGUUGGUCAGCACAGUAGGUGGCAAUAUGAGCCUUGGAGCCGCCGCUGCUGACAUUUUCCCUGCGAGAGGUCGAGCCUUUUCACGUGAUUCAUAAGAUCCUCUUGUAAGUCACGACUUUGGGUUGACAGCUGUUUAAUGAAACUGAUCUAAUCACUUUAGGCAUACAUACCGACUCAAUGAGGGGAGAUGGCGGGGGGAUGGGCCGGGUUUCCCAUAGUCUACAAACUCAAUGCAUGAAUAUAAAGAGCAAGGCAUGUGGCAUCCACACAUGUGCACACACAUUGCCAUUUAAGGUUAAGUUGUCCAAAAAAAUAGCAUCCCCUUAGCAUCAUAUUUAGGGUGAUUUUCGAGGGUAACAUGGAUUCCCUUCCUCUUUGCUGCUGAUUAUUUUGUUAUAACAUUUUCUAGUGCUUUCACAAAAUCCCAUUCACCUCCAUUUGUAUUGGGGAGGAGAUAGAGGUCUCUAAAAAUACAGACAACAAUAAUGUUGCAGAAGAGUAGAGAAAUAUAUAUGUAAUCUCUUUCCACAUUUCCUCCAGGCAGUACUCGACAAGACAGAUUACCUGUUGCUGUUCACAUGUAGUGUGUUCAACGAGUUAAAAACAAACUCCUGAGACGACUGUUACACUGCGGAUAUCUUAUGGGACACCACAGGGACCAAAAUCCCCAAGUGCCCAAUUACAAACAUAUACACAAAAUGGCAAAACGCAGGGAAAAAUACACACCCUGACAUUCCCUCCUCUCUAUAUUUGCCUCGGCUCUGAAAUCUGGGACUGAGAAUAACUGAGCUCAAGCUCUACUCGUCAGCAUGCUUACAUUUUACGCAACCUUUGUCUAAAGGCCACAUUUUUGGGUGAGGAAUGUAAUUAUAUGACAUAUUAUUUUCAUAGUUUUAAAAAACUAUGUGGUGUUUUGUGGUAGGAAGACAGUCAUUUAGAUGGCCACAUCUGGUGCUUUGCAUGAAAGUUGGCAAUUCCUUAAGUGCAUUAGUUAUAUACUCACCAAAUACCUGGCAAUACUUGACAAACUGAACGACUUUACAUAUCACCUACAUCAUAUAAUAUUGUGUCCUUUUUUUAUCGUAAUCUGUGUCUUUUGGUUUUACUCGAGUGUCUUUCUUUUGUCGGCUCUCUUCUCACCUCGUGGGGUCACAGGGUGAUAAUCAGUGGUUCCUUGGUCUUAAAUCUAAUCUGUUCAAAGGCUUGCUGAGGUCAAACAUGCGAUUCUCUCUGCUGUAACAGAGAAAAUCAAUGUCUUGUGACGGAUCGCUAAAGCGCUUUUCAAAUCUGUCUGUUUUUUUAAUAGUGUUCUAUUUCAUACACACUCUACGUGUGUGUGCAAAUGUGUUGAGCUGCUGUACGUUGCCUAUCAGCCACUAAUCUCCUGUUUUUGAUCUGUGCUCUGCACCAUUGUGUUCCUGUGUUUUUUUAUUUUCUACGCAGUGUAAGUUUGUGACGUCACUAGUUGCGUCAUACCUUGUUGUGUGCACUGUGUGUAACUGUGCACAACCACAAAUACCUCCCUAUAGAAACACCGUUUUCCCUUUUGAAUGUCUCUCUGUUGCAAAGAGGAAUGAGUGUAGAAUGUCUCUGUUAGUUUUGUAAGAUAGUGUUGAACUAGGUCAAUCUUGGUAGCUUUCUCUCGGCUGAUUUUUUCCUCGAGGGUCACAGGAAAGCACUUUAAUGCAUUUUCCCUGAAACUCCCCUCAUUGUGAUGCAUUUUUGAAAGUUGUACAAGGUUGCUCUUGUAAAUGUUGCAUUUGAGAUAUUCUGCCAAUGUGUUUCAGAUAUCAGUGCACUCGUGUGGCAUCAGGAUGACUGUGAACGUCAUAUGCACCUGUUAAUAAACAUUUAUAUAUAUAUAUAAAUAUUCAGUCAAACUAUUUAAAGAAAGUUAUGUAUUUAAGUUAUCUUGUUAAAAUCUGUAUGUCACCAAAGACUUUUCACCUUUUCCACUGCUCCUUAGACAUGACCGUAUGGUAGGAAACAAAGUAUCAACUGUAGUGAAAUGUUACGGUUUGUCAAUAUUCUUUACUCUUUAUUUAAAAUAAAGAACUCUGCUGUAAUGGGAUGGAG